GCAAUGAGAUAGCUCGCAAUGAAAACAAAAUUCGUAAAGAGCAUGUGCGAAGUGGCUAAAAAUCCAUCGAUUAGUUUCCCUAUCAGCCCAGAUUGUUUACAUGCCAAGAAGGUAUACUCACAUUUGGCAAUCACGACUAGCCAGGUGACCAAGACCCAGAAAGACGUUGCCUGGAAUAUACUUGAAAAAUAGGGUGUUUUCAACAUAGCGUCCGGAGUAGGAACCGGGAUGACAAACUUGACAAUUCCAACAUGCAUAGCAAGGAAUUCUACAAUACUGAGUGGCAAACCAAAGUACCACGGAAAAGCAGCGAGUGUGCGGAAGAUAAUGCCUAAAACAAUGAAAGGGAGGAUAUAUAUGAGGCGAUUGACAGUCGUCUGGCGAGGAGAGAGGUUAGGUUUAUGGAUAAAAGGAACGAGAUGUCUACGCUAUUCAAAAAAGAAUACAAUACCCUUGACCAUCGUUUUCCUUUGGAUCCCGGGAUCUGACCUAUCCGUGAGCUCAUGUUGGGGUUUUCUUCUGCGGCCACUUCAAAUUCCAAUACAGCUCGGUCCCAAACAUACGAUAGAUUCUUUUCUUUGGCAAAGUCGAGCGGUGUUUUACCAUCUUCAUUUCGCGCAUCUGGGUUUCCACCGUAUUCCAACAUUUUGCGAAUACAGAUUUUGUUGCCUUUCACAACCGCCCAAUGGAGCGGUGUUAGCUUGGUAUUGUCUGUUGCAGCUAUGUUGGCGCCAAAUCGAAGAAGAACAUCCACAGUCAAGGCAUCGCCCUGAUACGCUGCCCACAUCAAUGGUGUAUGUCCGCCUACAGUGUCAAUGGCGUCGAUGUCCAUGCCAAGAAAUAGAAAAUACAGGACAAGCAUAGCCUGAGACGAAUGAACAGCCAAAUGCAAAGCGUUAAAGCCUUGUCCAUCCUUGAUGGAUGGGUUUGCACCUUCCUUGAUGAGUCUGUGCACGGCUGCCAAGCGUCCAUUUCUAGUACUACAUUAGUCUUGCUAGCUCAUACCGUACCACGUUAAAAUAGAACA